AUGGCGAGCACCACAGGCCUCAUCAUUCGUUGCAGAGGUGAAGCAGUUUAUUUUUAGAAAAUUUGGGCAUCUGUUUUCAUGUUCCGGUUCUGAUUAUCAGUUCUUUUGCCUUGACGUUUGAUUGGCCGCCCAAAUUUCAACCUGGCGCAGCGGUGGUGGCAUGGGAGGCCGGCAAGCCCCUGGUGAUAGAAAAUGUGGAUGUGGCUCCGCCGCAGGUCAUGGAGGUGCGGAUAAAGGUCUCGUACACCUCCCUUUGCCCCACCGACUUCGUUUUCUGGGAGGCCAAGGUAAGUUUCAUCGUUCCCCCUUCUUUCACUCAUUGAAGCUUAUGCGAACACCAGACGGACGGCAUACCAAAUUCAAUGGUCAGGCUUAGAACAGCAGCACACGUAAUCCUUAUUCCACUGCAGUACACCUCACCUUACUCUUCAGGGACAUAUUCCGCGGGUGAAAAAGUAUGACCCAUCUAUUUCUCCAGGCUAAUUAUAACGAUAUUAACUCCCAAAUAAAUGGCACUUUCUUGGGCAUCACAACUUUUUGUCGGAUGUUGGAAGAUCUGAAGAGAGGAAAUAAUCGACAUAACCGGCGAUAACUGGUUGGGGAGUAUCGCCUUCAUUUCCUGUGGACACUGGAAUUAUGAUCUUGAUGCUAUCUAUAACCCUUAUAAAGUGCAGGCACAGAGUGUAUUCUGGCUUUUAGUUGAAGCAAGCAAAGGAGGCAUUAGCCGACUCUGCUAGCUGUUCAACAACCCCCCCCCCCCACCUUCGUAUCAUGACUUGCGUAGUCGUAGUUUUCAUAGUAGCUUGACUUCCAUAAGCUUCGUGAAGAAAAAUAAAAAAAUAUAUCACACGUUAUUGAAUGUUAAAGUAGAAUUUAUCCAUGUAGAUUUGAGGAUUACGCUUACGUUCAUCAAUCUAUUAAAACUUGCCACUUAUACUAUGUUUAUUAAAGGUUGCUAUUAACAUGUUUCAGGGACAAACACCACUAUUUCCUCGAAUUCUGGGCCACGAAGCAGCGGGGUAUGAUUAAUUUAGUGCUAACCAAGGAUAUCUUGUUUCUAUAUUUUUUAACAACCAAGUUUUCUUCAUUUAGGCUGAUGGUUCAUUCAAACCUGUAUGUAAUCAACCUGAACUCGACCACAUUUUGAUUAAAUUUCUUUUAAUCAGUUAGAAGACUCUUUUGUUCAUUAUCGAAUCAAAUCUAGUAAUUGUGGUGUUUUUCUGACUGGUUUUUUGUAUUUAUUUUGCUAAAAAAUUGUAUCAGGGUUGUAGAGAGUGUCGGGGAAGGUGUGACAGGCCUUCAGCCGGGCGACCAUGUGCUCCCCUACUUCACUGGUGAAUGUGGGGAGUGCACUCACUGCAAGUCAGAAGAGAGUAACAUGUGCCAACUGUUGAGGAUCAACACCGACAGAGGAGUGAUGAUAAGCGAUGGAAAAUCUCGGUUUUCUAUUGAUGGUAAACCCAUCUACCAUUUUCUUGGCACUUCAACCUUCAGCGAAUACAUGGUUGUGCAUUCGGGCUGUCUCGCUAAGAUCAAUCCAGCUGCUCCUCUUGACAAAGUUUGCAUUCUCAGUUGUGGCAUAUCAACAGGUAUUAUUCUAAGGACCUACUGGUUUGAUCUCUUUUUCACAGGUUAUAGAAUGAAAUCAGAUCUCUCAAAAUACGCGUAAUGUGCAUCAUUUAGUGCAUCUUCAGAGUCAGCAUAAAGCAACACUAUAUAGGUUCUUAUAUAGUACUUAUGUAGUAGAAUGCGAAUCCAUUUUAUUCUUUUCUCCGUAAAUCAUCCUUCUUGAGAGAAGAUACUUCUAUGGAAAAAUGAAACAUAUUGGAGUAACUCAUUCAAAUGAUUUUCAGAAGGCACUGCCAACUUAGUCCAGUUUGGAGUAAAUUAGUAGGAAAAAAGGAGGAUAUUUAUAGACUUAUUUGUGCGUCAGAGUCUGAUCUUCAUAGUUUGAACUGAUAUUAUGGAAUCAUCUACCUUGUUCAUCCCCCACAGUUUCAAUUAUAACGUUUUCAUUUGGCAUAUUGACUUUUUUUUUCCCUCUCUUUUGGUCGUCUUUAAAGGUCUGGGAACGACACUGAAUGUGGCCAAGCCAAAGAAAGGCUCCUCCGUUGCUGUCUUUGGGUUGGGAGCUGUGGGACUAGCGGUAAGCGAGUGGUAUCAUGAAAGUUCUUCGUACUCAUCUGCAUCACGUCAGCCAUGUUCUUUCUUCGUAUAUCAGGCCGUGGAAGGGGCGGGAAUUUCUGGAGCAUCCAGGAUUAUUGGCGUUGACCUUAAUGCCAGUAGAUUCAACCAAGGUAAUCAAUUCACCUCCCAUAUCACAAAGAACCGGGGCAUUUUUCACAUCAAUCUCGUUCUGAAUUUUCAGCCAUGAAAUUCGGCGUCACUGAAUUCGUAAACCCCAAGGAUCACGACAUACCAGUUCAGGAGGUCCGUUGACUUUCCGUCUCUGGAAACUCCUCUCCAGUGGUUCUAGUUCCUAAAAAUUCCUUCUCGGCCUUCUCAGGUAAUCGCCGCAAUGACCGGGGGUGGCGUUGACCGGAGCAUUGAGUGUACGGGCCACAUUGACGCCAUGAUAUCUGCAUUCGAAUGUGUUCAUGACGUGGGCCCCUUCUUACAUUCUUGCAUCCUCGUGAUUGAUCUAUAUAUUUCAAUAUAUACACACAUAUACGUGUUCUUAUAGACGCUCUAGGUCUGACCCCAUGAAUUUUCUGAACGAGAGGACUCUCCGGGGGACAUUCUUCGGGAACUAUAAGCCUCGGACCGACCUCCCUCCGUCGUUGACUUGUACAUGAAGAAGGUACAGCUCUUAUUGGGUCAACUACUCUCUCUCUCUCUCUCUCUCUCUCUCUCUCUCUCUCUCCAUCCUCCGAGAAUAAGAAUGGGCCCAAUUAUCUCAGAUCUUUAGGCUUUGAUGAUAUGAUGCGAUAAGCCCGCUCAAGGUGGCGAUUUUGCUUGAAUUGUAGGAGUUGGAGGUGGAGAAAGUUCAUCACCCACAGAGUCUCGUUCAGUGAGAUCAACAAGGCCUUUGACUUUAUGGAGACCAGUGAGGGCCUCCGAUGCAUUAUUAGCCUGGAGGAGUAG